AUGUCUGACGCAGCUGUGGAAUUUCUCGUGGAAAACCUCAAACAGCUUGUAGUCGACAAUGCUACGUUGUUCAACAAUGUGAGGGGCGAAGUUGAUCGUCUUAUACGCGAUCUUCCAUUGUUGAAAGCCGUAAUUGAGGUCUCGACAGAGAAGGGCAUUGAGGAUGCUGUCGUGAAAGCGCUGGUGAGUCGCAUCAGAGCUGUGACUUUCGAGGCAGAAGAUGCCAUCGAUUGCUAUAUGGUUGAGGCUACCGUCCAAAAGGGCAAAAAAUGGCUCCUGAAAGUGUUCGGGGGCCUGGAUCAUGCUUCUAAGCUUCGCGAAGUUGCAAACAAGGUUCAAACCAUAAAGGAAGAAGUGGACAAUAACCAGAUGUUACGUGAAGCCCUUCAAAAUAGAGACCCUGCUGGCCGAAAAAGGAUGGAGAGGAGGCUCCCUGACGUUGAAAAAGACAACGUGGUGGGAUUUGACGAAGCGACUACAACGCUAAUUGAUCGGCUCACCAAAAAUACUGAAGACCUACAAGUAAUCUCGAUCAUAGGUAUGGGAGGGCUGGGCAAGACAACUCUUGCUGAUAAGGUUUAUAACGACCCUAGAGUUUCACGUGAAUUUACUACUCGUGUCUGGGUUUAUGUAUCUCAAAGUUGUAGGAGAGACUUGUUCCUUGAAAUUCUGAAAUAUGUAACUCAAGUCACAAGCGCCAUGUAUACGAUGGGUGAAGAUGAGUUGGCUGAAGAAGUCCGUCGCAACCUAACUUUGAAAUAUCUAAUUGUUGUGGAUGAUGUGUGGGAGAAGGAGGACUGGGAAAGCAUUAAAGAGGCUUUCCCCAACACAAGAAACGGAAGCAGAAUCCUGCUAACGAGUCGAAAUUAUCCUGUGGCUGUGCAUGCCGAUCCAUUUAGCCAGCCUUACAAGCUGGAUUUUCUAACUCAUCCUCAGAGUUGGAAGCUGAUCCAGAAGAAGGUUUUUGCUGGAGGAGAUUGCCCUCAAGAAGACUUGACGGAUGUCGGAAUUAGAAUUGCAAUACAAUGCAACGGUCUACCACUCGCAGUUGUGGUAAUUGCUGGAAUGCUUCAAAAGAACAUAUCCAAGGAUGCGUGGGAGACUAUAGCUAAAAGUGUCAAAGCAUUCCUUGUCAGGAGGGAAGAGGAUUUGAUGGAAGUACUAGCUCUUAGCUACUAUCACUUACCGCCUCACUUGAAAGCAUGCUUCCUUUAUUUUGGAGUCUUCCCACAAGACUACAAGAUCCCAUUUUGGAUACUGAUCCGAUUAUGGAUUGCUGAGAGAUUUGUACAAACAUGGGAGAAUGUAUGCUUGGAGGAGAUGGCCGAGGAGCACUUGAAUGAUCUGGUUGAGAGAAACCUAUUGUUGGUGGAACAAAGGAGUUUCAGUGGUCAAAUCAAAACAUGUCGUAUUCAUGAUAUGUUGCGCAGUUUGUGCUUGAGAGAAGCCCUAGCAGAGAACUUCUUAUUGGAGAUCAAAGAGGGUGGGAGUAAUUCAUCAUCUGACUUAGCCCCCGCUGUAAGUACCAUCAAUCAUCGCCUUUGUAUUCAUUCUGGUGUUUUGAAAUACAUUGCUACCAAACCUUCUUGGCCCCAUGUUCGCUCUUUCUUGUGCUUCGCCAAGGAUCAAGUCGAUCUACCCCGUGAACUUGUAGGAUACAUCCCUGACGAGUUUAAAUUGCUGAGGGUAUAUCACAUUCGGCCCAUUAGUUUUCCCCGAUUUCCUAGUGAGAUAGAACAAUUAGUUCAUCUCGCUUAUGUUGCCUUCUCCGGUGACUUCAAAACUAUUCCUGCUGCUGUGUCCAACCUUCGGAACCUACAAACUCUUAUUGCCCACACAACCUCACGCACCACACGCACCAUUGACUUUAAAGCAGACAUUUGGAAAAUGUUAAAGUUGAGGCACCUGCAUACAAACAAGCCUAGUCAGUUGCAUGACCCUGUAGCAAAAAAAACUAAGGAUCAUGAUAGCCUACAAACCCUUACCACCAUCACGCCCCAGAGUUGUACUCAGUGUGUCCUAGGCCAGACCCCAUGCCUAAAGAAGCUUGGUAUCCGUGGGAAACUAGCCACCCUCCUUGAGGAGAAGGGAGGGUCUCUUUUUGAUAACCUUACCACGUUAAAACAACUUGUGACAUUGAAGUUGUUGAAUGACGUAUUCCCUGAGCCUCCUUCUGAAUUUAAACUCCAAAUACUUCCCCCGUUCUACAAAUUCCCACCAAACUUGAACAAGCUAACCUUGGCCAAUACCUUUCUUGAGUGGGAGCAAAUGCAUGUGCUGGGGAUGUUGCCAAAACUUGAGGAGCUCAAGUUAAAGGACAACGCGUUCACAGGGGUAAUGUGGAGACUAGUCGACGGGGGUUUUCGAGAACUCAAAGCUUUGCAAAUUUGGAAGACAGAUCUGGUGUACUUGGAGGCCGAAGCUGAUCAUUUCCCAAGCCUUCAGCACAUUGUUCUUAAGGACUGCACGGGGCUAUGGGAGAUCCCUUCUAGCCUGGGCAAUGUAAAAACACUCCAGACAAUCAAGCUUCAUCAAACAUCACGUACUGCUGCAGAUUCUGCCAGGAAAAUCAAACAGCAGCAGCAAGAAAGCAACCUUAAGCUUGAUAUCUUCCCAUCAGAUCUUUGACAUGGCUCAGCUCCAGGUGAUAAUUUGGAUGGUGAUUGAGGACUUGCUAUAUACCGUUGGGACCCAUCAGUUGGACCUCUAGGGCAUCAUUCAUCUCGUAUUUGUGUUUUAAUAAGCACUAUUUGUCCGUUUUGAAUGAGUUGUUGUAUUUGAAUAAAUGGUGGAUGUUUGU